CGCCCACCCCGCCCCAACCACACGCCCACCCCAUCCCGCCCCAACCCUACUUAGUAUUUUGAGCAAUUCUUUUGCUUCAAACGAAAACAUUAUCAGAAAUGCAAAUGAUCUGACCUUCUUGGUGUAAAAAUGGCGCAAAACGUUUUCAUGUCGGACUCGAGCGUUUGGAUUGAUCCCAUAUUAAAAUUGCGGUGAUCGAGUUUAAAAUAUAAAUUCAGCUUUGCAAGUGCAACAUUUCACUCGCGAACAUUGCAAAUUUCUGUUUGAACCACGAUGAAUUCCUUUGACAGUAAGUAAGGGUCAACUGCCUUUUUUUCCCUCACUGUUUUCCUCUCCCAAAUGGUACUGAUGGAUUCCACAAAAAUGUUUGACACUUUCGCUGCGUGCGGAACGCUCAUUUUAUGUAGAGAUCGAUAGUGAACCAGUCUAGUCCUUUCCAAUGGCCACCGCAUGGGGGCGCUACCAUAUAGGAACAAGUUACCUUCACGACAGCGACGCUUUUGCCGAACGAAGUCCAAAUUUCUGAUCAGAAAUCUGUCCCAAACAGUGUCUGACUGAGCCGUCACAGCAUGCACGUACAUGUAUGGAAGCCUAUAUCACCUUGGUUUUCUGCACUAGGCUUUCCCAUGCUCCCUUCCGGCUGAGCCCAAACUAUUUCUAGUUUGGCAGUGUUUGUCGGCUUGUUGUGAAACGAGACAGUCAUUUUCAUCUACCUAGCCUAGUGUGUCUGGCUUUGAUAAAAAAAAAAAGAUGCAGACAGUCUGACAAUAUCUCUUGUGUGAACACGCAAAAUUUUAAUGAUACAACUUUCAGGCUCACUGUAGAAUUCAUUUGUUUCUCUGUUGCUGCCCUUGUGAUUAUCCACAAUGAGCCCUGUACCAUCAAAAGCUUUUGACAAAAGAGAAAGAUGGAAUUCAGCUUCGUGAUGUUUAUACAUGAAUCAAAGAUUUCAGGCUGCGGAUGAGAUGAAAUAUGCCGUAGUACUCGUUGAAAACUGCAGCAAAGAUGGGCUGAAUUUAGCGACUGCUUGUCGAUUCUAUUCCAUCCGGUUCCGUCUUGUAUAAUCCAAUGUAAAAUGUCAUCAUCGUCGAAUGGUGGGCGUGGUUUGCCUUCCAUCAACUCUUCCCGCGGCCCCAGACCAAGCAAUGACAAGACCACGGAGAGGCGAUCAAAGAAUUUGCCUGGGAGAAGUUUGUCUCCUCAGAGGGGUGUUAACAUCUCACAGACAACACCAAGAGCCAAAAAGAAUCUCAGUUCCAGACUACCACCUCAACAAGAGUCACUCGGUGAAAACAGGCAUCGGCCGUCUAUCCACAACAGGACGGGCCGAAGCUUUUCCACUGGCAUCGAAGACGUCGAUCCGUCGAGAAAUUGGAAUUCAGAAGGAGGAAGACCAAAGAGAGAAAGGACAUUCAGUGAGAAAAGUAACUCCCGGAGGUUACUGCAGCGCUCCUCCAUCAAUUCUUCGGGAGAGCUGAUACCAUUUCAGCGAGCUCCCAGGGAUGGUAGUUAUGAAUCACACCUACCUGUUAGUAAAAAAACCACACCACAAAAUCUGACGAGACAAAGUAGCCUUUAUUCCUUAACAGAUCGCGAGGAGAGGCUCUCUGCUCGUUUACAAGAAAGUCCAGAGAGUAAUGAAGAGCAGAGCAACAACUCGUUGAUCGAGAAUGCAAGUAAAAGCCAGAGCCUGUCUUACGAUGAAAGGAAGAAACAGCGUGGCAAAGUAAAAGUUGCAAACAAAAGCAUAGACAGCAGGAGAGAAGGAUCAAGGAUUAUGAGAAAGAUGAGUAGCCAAGAAGUUGGUCAUGGGAUUAGGAAAGCCCCAUCAGAAAGCGCACCGAGAGGACGUGCCCAAAGUGAUGUGACGAGUCCGGGUUUACCGUCACUGAGGAAGACGGAACAAUCAACAAAUUAUAAAAGUGAAAAAGCUGAACAGAAUAAACCUGCUGGCAUACUGGUCCCUGGUCUUGAAGAAAAUAGAGAGAUAACAAAUUAUGUCGAAGAAAAUAACCUGGAACCAGACUUAAGGCCAGAUGAAUCCAGUAGUCAGUCUGUAGGAUCAUCUAAUGAACCGCCCAUCGAUAAUGUUUUUGACGAAGGUGACGUGACGUUGGCUGGUAAUGUCCAUGUCAUGUUGCCCUCUGCUGAGUUUAAAGCAGCAGCACAAUCGGAAGAUUCAACAAGCACUGUCACAAAUUCUGCCAAUCAUACUGUGCUUCAAAAUACAAGUGAAUCCAAUUUACCUGCAGGUUGUGAUGAGUCUGACAUCAGAAUCAACGAGCAACUCAGUGGGAGUCAGCAGCCGAACAGUGUCAUCCGUCGACGAUUGAACUCUGUUGGAACAGGGGACACUAGUCAAAUUCAGUCAAGUCAAGUUUUGGUAUCGCCAUCGGUGUUGAGUAAUAGACAGAGCUCAAGAAGUCAAAAUGUUUCCCACAGCGAUGAUCAUGCUUCAUCUGGUGAACGUCCUGAGUUGUCAACUGAGAGUGGGUCAGUCAAUCAACAGCAGCCUUCUCCAGGAGUUACUGAUAACACUGUUAGUCCAAGGUCAAUGCUUGCACAACCUCCUCCAAUCAGCAACUCCACACCCUCAGCUGGCUCAACCUCGCAGCAAGCUAGACUCAACCGUUUUGGUCGGAGGAUAAGAAUACCAUCAUCAGACUCGGUAGUCACUGGAGAAAGCAACCAACCAGACGAACAGGAAGCUCGGACUGUUUCUGAGCAAUCAGCGGAGGAACAAUUCGAAGGAACAAAUCGCCAAAGAUACCAAUUCUUCUCGCUAUCAAGGGACAUAUCUGGGACCGAUCGGGAGAUCCAGAUACCCAUUACCCCAAAUCGAGACCUCCUCUAUGGUCAACCGCCUUCACCACCUCUUCUCAGAAGACACCACAGAACCCACUUUGGCUCAGGCACAUCGAACUUGCGACAGUCCUCUGAAGAACAAGGAACGUCAACCAGCAUUCAAAGUAGUCUUGGGUCUUCAAUCAGCAAUGAUGACCUUGAUUUACAUGAAGACUCGUUCCGCACUGCAUCAGGCACCGCGGCAAACUUCGCUCCUCUGCUCCACUCCGGACCAGUGCUAGACAGCUCCUCAUCAACACCUCAUCAAAGAGGGAGGUUGCAUGAAGUAGGUCCUACCUCAAGCAUGGCAACUCUUGGCAGCUUUAGCUCCAGUAACAGCAACUCUCCGAGACAGCUCCAUCUACAGUCCUCUGCUCAAUCUAUUGACAAUGUCUCUGACAUUGAGAGAUCCUCGGACUAUGAUCAGGACAACUUGACGUUUUCGGUGGAGGAGGGACGUCUCAGCCGGGAUGCAAGGAGGAGGUAUCAAAGCGAUCGCAGUGAAGCUAUCCCACGCUUGCUGUCUCAGAGAGGUCGUCAGCCACCGAGGGAACUAUCUAGAGGGGCAGAAGUCAUGGAGGAUGUGUUUGGAUCAUCUCGGGACGGCAUUUCUCAAAGGGGCUCCAAUGAAUCUCCUCUGAGAGACGCUACCCUGGAGCUUCAGAUCCCUCUGCUGAGCUCCCCGCUCUUCUCCCCACUCGGCAUCGCCCCAGGAAUGCUCCUCAGUCUCCUCAUCAGGACACGCAGAGAGUUUGGUCAAGAGUUCAUGGAACUUCUCCUUGAGAACAUGAUGCUGAAUGUCUUGGCCCAUCAUCUCUUUGUGGGCGAUCAAGGAGGCAAUGAAGAUGGCAUCACCGGUGCACCGCCUCCGGCGACCCAAGAUAUCAUCGAUAAUCUCAACGAGAUACCAGCGCUAGAAUCACACAUAGAAAAGGAGAUGAAAUGUGCCAUAUGUCACAGCGAGUACGAGCUGUAUGAGACACUAUCUGAGCUACCUUGCCAGCACUUCUUUCAUCCUACGUGUGUGGCAAUCUGGCUUAAGAAGUCGGGAACCUGCCCUGUUUGUCGUUUCCAAUUGCUGUCGCCUGCUCGUUAGUAAUUGCAGGAGAUGCUAGGCUUCUCAUUGCCAUGGCAACAAAGAUAAGUCAUUAGUGUCUUUUUCAUUAGGGAUUGAACAUCCUGUAUAUGCUCUUAUGGGGCACCGGGAACGUAGUAAAGAAAAAGUAACAACAGGGACGAUGGGACCUCGCAAGUCAGUCUUAUGAAAUCUAAGUAGCCCACAAGGGAAACGCUAUGGAGUUUGAGAUUUCAGUAGAAACAAAGGAGAACAAUACAGGGUGAGUUAAAAAAAAAAACGAAACCCAAAUGUCGGGACCAUUGUUUUAGUGAAGUUCUGCAUGUAGCA